AAUUCUAAACACACACACUCUCUCUCUUUUUGUCAAAAUAGAUAUAGUCGUAUAGAUACACAGGGGAGAGCAGUCAUUGAACAAGCAAAUCAAAACAACAAAGAUGAACACCGACAUAACAGCAUCAGCUAAGCCUGAAUACCCAGUGAUAGAUCGCAACCCACCUUUCACUAAAACCGUCGCUAACUUCAACACUCUUGAUUACCUCCGUCUCACCACCAUCUCCGGCAUCUCCGUCACCGUCGGCUAUCUUUCCGGUAUAAAGCCAGGAAUCAGAGGUCCGUCAAUGGUCACCGGAGGUUUGAUCGGAGUUAUGGGUGGGUUUAUGUAUGCUUAUCAGAACUCUGCCGGACGUCUUAUGGGCUUUUUCCCUAAUGAUGGUGAAGUUGCUCGUUACAAAAAGUAAUUUUACUCACUUUUUUCUAUAAGCCCUAUUUUUUUCUUAUAUAAAAAAAUUAGGGUUUUGUUUUUUGUUUUAAUGAAAAAUGAAGCUAAGUUCGUGUUAACUGGAUGGUCAUUGUGUGAGCUCAUUAAUAAUUAAAAUUGUUGUUGCUAGUAGUUGAUUUCGGUUGUGAAAUGUAAAGAACUACUUGCAUAAUUGUUGCAUUAUUGCUUCAGAAUUUGGAAAUCUGGGAUCUAUGUUUCGCUAA